UGAAAAUUGCUGUAGUUUAGCCUGUGACGCUUAUGAUUAGAGCCAACAAUUUGAAAUGGCCAGCUCACCUGAUGCAGUCGUCUCUUCUCCGCCAGCUUUCUUAAGGUCUGAAUGCUGAACGGCUUGAAACACUUCUGUGGGACUUGUGUGGAAGAACAUAUACACAGCAAAAUGCCCAGUGCACAUGUUUUCACAACUAUAACAACAGAUGACAUCAUGCUCAGUGUAUGAACCCCUUAAAAGCAUCAAUCUUCUGAGAGCUGAUCAUGAAACCCUGUGGGAUAAACUGGAUUAUUAUUACAGAAUCGUCAAGUCGACGGUGCUGCAGUACCAGAGUCCCACCACGGGCCUCUUUCCCACCAAGACCUGCGGCGGCGCCCGCGAGGCCAAGGUCCAGGACAGCCUGUACUGCGCUGCCGCCGCCUGGGCCGUGGCCCUCGCGUACAGGCGCAUUGACGACGACAAGGGGAGGACCCACGAGCUGGAGCACUCGGCUGUGAAGUGCAUGAGAGGGAUUCUCUACUGCUACAUGCGGCAGGCCGAUAAGGUCCAGCAGUUCAAGCAAGAUCCACGCCCAACAACUUGUCUCCACUCGGUUUUCAACGUGCGGACAGGGGACGAGGUCCUGUCCUAUGAGGAGUACGGUCAUCUGCAGAUCAACGCGGUGUCCCUCUACCUCCUGUACCUGGUGGAGAUGAUCUCCUCGGGUCUGCAGAUCAUCUACAACACGGACGAGGUCUCUUUUAUUCAAAACCUCGUGUUCUGCGUGGAGAGAGUGUACCGCGUGCCGGACUUCGGUGUCUGGGAGAGAGGGAGCAAAUACAACAACGGCAGCACGGAGCUGCAUUCCAGCUCCGUGGGCUUAGCAAAAGCAGCUCUCGAAGCGAUCAAUGGAUUCAACCUCUUUGGCAACCAGGGCUGCUCGUGGUCGGUCAUAUUCGUGGACCUCGACGCUCACAACCGCAACCGGCAGACGCUGUGCUCGCUGCUGCCCCGAGAGUCGCGAUCCCACAACACAGACGCCGCCCUGCUGCCCUGCACCAGCUACCCUGCCUUCGCGCUGGACGAUGAGGCGCUCUUCCUGCAGACACUGGACAAAGUGGUUCGGAAGCUGAAGGGGAAGUACGGGUUCAAGCGUUUCUUGAGAGACGGGUAUAGAACAUCACUGGAAGACCCCAACAGACGCUACUACAAACCAGCCGAAAUUAAGCUAUUUGAUGGCAUUGAAUGUGAAUUCCCCAUAUUUUUCUUGUACAUGAUGAUUGAUGGGGUUUUCAGAGGCAACCCUAAGCAAGUGCAGGAGUACCAGGACCUCCUGACCCCGGUUCUUCACCAGACCUCAGAAGGUUAUCCGGUCGUCCCAAAGUACUAUUACGUGCCAGCCGAUUUCGUAGAACUUGAGAAAAGAAACCCUGGUAGUCAGAAGCGGUUUCCUAGCAACUGUGGCCGCGAUGGAAAGCUGUUUCUUUGGGGACAAGCCCUUUAUAUCAUCGCAAAACUCCUGGCCGAGGAGCUAAUCAGUCCUCAGGACAUCGACCCCAUCCAGCGCUACGUCCCGCUGCGGAGUCAGCGCAACGUGAGCAUGCGGUUUUCCAAUCAGGGCCCCCUGGAGAACGACGUGGUGGUCCACGUGGCACUCAUAGCGGAAAGCCAGCGCCUUCAAGUUUUCCUCAACACGUACGGAAUUCAGACGCAGACUCCUCAGCAGGUGGAACCCAUUCAGAUCUGGGCCCAGCAGGAGCUUGUGAAGGCCUAUUUCCAUCUGGGCGUCAACGAGAAGCUCGGACUCUCGGGGAGGCCGGACAGGCCCAUCGGCUGCCUCGGCUCCUCAAAGAUCUACCGCAUUCUGGGGAAGACUGUGGUCUGCUACCCCAUCAUCUUCGACCUGAGCGACUUCUACAUGUCCCAGGACGUCCUGCUGCUGAUCGACGACAUAAAGAACGCUCUGCAAUUCAUCAAGCAGUACUGGAAAAUGCACGGGCGCCCCCUCUUCCUCGUCCUCAUCCGGGAGGACAACAUCAGAGGUAGCCGGUUCAACCCCAUCCUGGACAUGCUGGCAGCUUUCAAGAAAGGAGUGGUCGGAGGGGUCAAAGUGCACGUCGACCGUCUGCAGACGCUGAUAUCCGGCGCGGUGGUGGAACAGCUGGACUUCCUGCGCAUCAGCGACACGGAGCAGCUUCCAGAAUUUAAGAGUUUUGAGGAACUGGAGCUUCCCAAACAUUCAAAAGUCAAACGACAGAGCAGCGCCUCCAACAGUCCUGAGCUGGAGCAGCAGCCAGAUGUCACCGUGGCCGAAUGGAAGAACAGACCCACCCAGGACGUCCUGCGGAAACUGCAAGACUGCAGCUGUCUGGCAAGCCAGGUCAUCCUGCUGGGCGUCCUGCUCAAGAGGGAAGGCCCCAACUUCAUCACGAAGGAAGGUACCGUUUCCGAUCACAUCGAGAGAGUCUAUAGAAAAGCUGGCAGCAGAAAGCUUUGGUCGGUUGUACGCCACGCAGCAAGCCUCUUAAAUAAAGUAGUGGACAGCCUGGCCCCCUCCAUUACUAACGUUUUAGUGCAGGGCAAACAGGUAACUCUGGGUGCCUUCGGGCACGAGGAGGAGGUGAUAGCGAACCCUCUGUCCCCGAGAGUGAUCAAGAACAUCAUCUACUACAAGUGUAACACCCAUGACGAGCGGGAGGCGGUCAUCCAGCAGGAGCUGGUCAUCCACAUCGGCUGGGUCAUCUCCAACAGCCCCGAGCUGUUCAGUGGCAUGCUGAAGAUACGCGUGGGCUGGAUCAUCCACGCCAUGGAGUACGAGCUGCAGAUCCGUGGAGGCGACCAGCCAGCCGCAGACUUGUAUCAGAUGUCACCCAGUGCGGUCAAGCAGCUUCUGAUGGACAUCCUCCAGCCCCAGCAGAAUGGAAGAUGUUGGCUGAACAGGCGUCAGAUCAACGGGUCCCUGAACAGGACGCCCGCGGGGUUCUACGACCGGGUGUGGCAGAUUCUGGAGCGCACGCCCAAGGGCAUCGUGGUAGCGGGGAAGCACCUGCCGCAGCAGCCCACCCUGUCCGACAUGACCAUGUACGAGAUGAACUUCUCUCUGCUGGUUGAAGACAUGCUGGGGAACAUCGACCAGCCCAAGUACAGGCAGAUCAUCGUGGAGCUGCUGAUGGUGGUGUCCGUCGUCCUGGAGAGAAACCCCGAGCUCGAGUUCCAAGACAAAGUGGAUCUGGACCAGCUGGUGAGAGAAGCAUUUCAGGAAUUUCAAAAAGACGAGAGUCGACUAAAGGACGCCGAGAAACAAGAGGACGACAUGACCUCCUUCUACAACACGCCCCCGCUGGGACGGAGGGGGACCUGCAGCUACCUGAUGAAGGUGGUGAUGGAUUCGCUGCUGGCCGGAGAGGUCAAGCCCAGCAGCGACGACCCGUGCCUGGUCAGCUAGUGCGAGGGGGGCCUGGACACGCGCCUGCUAGGGGUAGGUGGAGUGUGGUGUGGAGCUGGAUGGAGGCCACCCAGAGCGCACGUCCUGCGGGGGCGGCUGCCCCCUGUGGCAGUCAUGGCCUCCCGCCUGCCGUAGCCAGUCGAACUAGGAAAUGCUUUGAAUCAGGUGAAAGACUUUCUCCUAUGACGCCGACUGCAGUCAUCCGACUGAAGGUAGACAGCGUCCGCGAAUGAAGAGUUCACCACUGCUUGUUGCGUGAUCACGUAGCUCAUCAGAAUCAACCGCUGCUUCCCACUUCCUGCCAGUGCAGUGACUUCGCCACGUGUGGGGCCCACUGGGCGGCACAGCUUGGGGGGCCCCUCACGCUGGAGCCGCUCAGCCAGCGCGGAAGCAGACCGGCCUGCGGCGGCCGCCCUCCCCGAGACGCGUUGCUGGCGGGGGUUCAGUGCACAGCGCUCCGCUCCUGUGUGCCCUGUGCACGCCCUGGGGUUGCAUCGUCCCGACUGCAGGGUGGGACUAAAACGAAUAAAUCUGAUCAAACGUUUA